CAACUGUUCUCUUUUCUUCUCCAUCUCACGACUGUUAACGACCGUUCACGACAUGACUUCUCUACCGGCUGUCUUCGCUGUCGGUUCCGCUGCCAGCCAAAAUAGCUUUAUAGCCUCAUAUCAGCGUGCGCAGACUAGUUUAUCUAGCUCCGGUAUCCCUUCAGACAUCUCCGGUGCUCGGUACGCCGACGAAGACGAGGAGGCUUUGAUCGGAACAAACGACGAGUAUGAUGAAGAUGAUCUACCCACGCCGCGUCCCAAUAUUUCUCGGAGAGAUAGCUUUUCCAGUGAUUCCCAAUGGGACACAGAGACGGAAGCUCGCUAUAUUCCUGGUCCUCCAUUCAAGUCGAAGCAGCCUAAGCCCGUUGGUCGAGUAGGCGUGAGGGCUCCGGAAGCAAACGAACGAACGCCUCUUCUCAGAAAGGCUGCUUCGCUGCACAUCGACACCAGACCUAUUCGCAGUCCCGCUGACGAGGACAAGCCUGCGGAUGAGACUAGAUUGGAUGCUGCGCCCAGUCUUGCUCACCGGACUUCCACGCUUUCAGUGCAUGCGCCGCAACCCCCGGUCCAUCAUGGCAAGAGCACAUUCGGACAGACGCUCUUCAAUUCAAUCGCUAUCCUAUUGGGCAUCGGCAUGCUCUCAGAGCCGCUCGCGUUCGCGUAUGCCGGGUGGGUUUGUGGUACCUUGCUCAUCAUCUCAUAUGGGUUUAUUACUUGCUAUACUGCCAAGAUACUUGCGCGCAUCGUGCUCUCUGACCCACGGAUCAGGUCGUAUUCCGAUGUCGGCCGGAAGGCGUUUGGGCCCAAAUCCAUGCCCUUCAUCAGUGCCAUGUUCUGUCUCGAGCUGUUCAGCGUCAGCGUCAUUCUCGUCACACUGUAUGCAGACUCGCUGAGCGCCAUCAUACCCACUUUCUCCUCGGAUACCUACAAGCUUUUUGGAAUUAUCAUCCUUGUACCCACCGUCUUCUUCCCUCUCUCGCUCUUAUCGUACACCUCUAUCCUUGGAAUCAUAUCCACCGUUUUCUUGGUGGUUGUUAUUUUCAUCGAUGGCUUCUCCAAGAAAGACGCCCCUGGAAGUCUCUGGAGUCCAGCUCACACCAACCUCGGUAUCAUGGGUGUAGGCGAGCUGGGCAUGGCAUUCGGGUUAUUCAUGGCUGGGUUCAGCGGACAUGCUGUAAUCCCGUCGAUUGCUCGAGAUAUGAUGGAGCCGAGCCAGUUUGAUACAGUCAUGAACUAUGCUUUCGCUGUCGCGACGUGCAUUUAUGCUGUCAUCGGCAUGGCGGGCUACCUGAUGUUCGGGAACGACGUCUACGACGAAGUCAGCCAGAACUUACUCGGUGUUCCCGGGUACAGCCCGACUCUGAACACGAUCGCACUCUGGAUGCUAGUCGUAGCGCCGCUCUCAAAAUUCGCCCUUGCCGCUCGACCUCUGAAUGUCACCCUCGAAAUCCUCCUUGGCCUCGAUACCAUUUCUUCUCCCGACCCACACGGCCCCUCCGAUCCCCACACCACCACCACCACAAAAUCCUCUCAGAUCGACACCCCCGCCACAACCCACCACCAAACCAACGCCACUCUCAAACACGCCUUCCUCAUCCUCGAACGUACCGCCUUCGUCCUCCUCGCCGUCGGCGUCUCCAUCCUCGUUCCCGAAUUCAGCUCCAUGAUGGCCAUCCUCGGUUCGUUCGCCGCUUUUAUAUUGGGGGUUAUCGGACCUGUGUCGGCGAAGGUGGCGUUGGAAGGGAGGUGUGGAUGGGUCGAUAGGGGGUUGUUGGUGAUGGGUGUGGUUAUGGCGGUUUGGGGGACGGCGGCGGCGUUUUGGAGCACGACGGAACCGGUUUGAAGGGCCAGCGUCGUGUUCUCGAGAAACAAAACAGUGAGUCUAGUUUGCUUACUGCCGUGCUGCUGUCGUUCGUUGCCACAGGCGUGGAACGAAAUGGAGAAGUCACCCUAAAAGAGAGCCCUGGUCUCUCAUCUGCAUCUUUCCUCUCUUCCUUUUGUUCGUCUCUCCCUGUCUCUGUUCUCUUUUAUGUGCCGUUUCCGCAUAUAUUCCCAUCCACUCAUCCACUCGUCGUCAAGUUGCAUGGAUAUCUGGAGCUGUAUUACAAGUCUCUUAUCGAUUCAAUGCUUUGUAUUUGCUCGUUCAUUCUCGUUGUCCUUUUCAUGUUUCUCUCGGUCGUUGUCUUAUCCUGUAUGUCAUGCCAUUCUUGCUCUCCGAAUAUACCACGCACUCUUUUGACAACUUCUACUUACGCGUUCUUCGGCUGUGAUAUCUGUAUGUAGUAGCGAUACGUCUUCGUCGCUGGUCUACGUGGCGAGGGUGAGCUAUACUAGUCGUGUUCAAUGGUGAAUUAGCGGUCAAGCGACUCACAAGGUGCGCUUCAUCCUGAAGUUUACUGUCCUCUUACUAUUUGACCCGAGGCACAGAUUUGGUGAGCUACAAACAGUUCAUAUGUACAGUAUGUAUUCUCUCACAUAACCUUCGAUCUCGUCUUAUAUAGCUAGUAGUCAAGCUUCCGAGUCGCUGUCCCCAGGUAGAAUAUGAAUCCACAGCACCGA